UUGGCGCCUUUUUUUAUUGGCAACAAGCAUUUUGUGUCUGUGCAUUCUUGUGAAAUUCAAUUAAUCCAAAAUGUUGAAGAAUAAAACUUUAAAGACUUCCAAGCUAUAUGUUAUUAAGCGAGAUGGCAGACAGGAGGAGGUACACUUUGAUAAAAUAACCUCAAGAAUCCAAAAGCUUUGCUACAACUUAAAUAUGGAUUUUGUUGAUCCGGUUUCCAUUACUCUCCAAGUCAUUAAUGGUUUAUAUUGCGGCGUAACCACACAAGAGCUGGACAACCUGGCUGCCGAGAUCUCGGCGGGAUUGACAUGCAAUCAUGCGGACUAUGCUAUUCUAGCAGCUCGCAUUGCCGUCUCCAAUUUGCAUAAAGAAACAAGAAAGGUGUUUUCUGAUGUCUUUGAGGAUCUCUUCAAGAACAUUAAUAAGGAAACAGGUCUAAGUGCACCGCUGGUAUCGGAAUAUCACUACAACAUCGUUAAGAAGCAUGCCACGCGCUUGAACUCGUCCAUAAUUUACGAUCGUGACUUUGGGUACAAUUAUUUUGGCUUUAAGACCCUCGAACGUUCGUAUUUGCUUAAGAGUAAUGGCAAGAUUGUCGAGCGGCCGCAACAUAUGCUAAUGCGCGUGGCGAUUGGAAUCCAUGGUGAAGAUAUCGAUGCCGCUGUUGAGACCUACAAUUUGCUGUCAGAGCGCUUCUUCACACACGCCUCACCCACUCUGUUCGCCGCUGCCACUAACCGACCGCAACUCUCGUCCUGCUUCCUUCUGACUAUGACAUCCGAUUCGAUCGAAGGUAUUUUCAAGUCGGUGGAACACUGUGCCAUGAUUUCCAAGUCGGCGGGCGGCAUUGGCCUGAAUGUCCAUUGCAUCCGUGCCAAGGGCACCUCGAUAUGUGGCACGAAUGGGACCUCCAAUGGCCUCGUUCCCAUGCUGCGAGUCUUCAACAAUGUAGCGCGUUACGUGGAUCAGGGUGGCGGCAAGCGCCCUGGCGCCUUUGCCAUCUACUUGGAGCCCUGGCAUUCCGAUGUUUUUGAAUUCUUGGAACUGAAGAAGAACACCGGUAAGGAAGAGAAUCGUGCUCGCGAUUUAUUUUAUGCCCUCUGGAUACCUGAUCUCUUUAUGAAGCGCGUUGAGGCAAAUGAGAACUGGUCGCUGAUGUGCCCGCACAAGUGUCCCGGCCUGCAGGAUGUUUGGGGCGACGAAUUUGACCAAUUGUACCUCAAAUACGAGGCCGAAGGAAAAGCCAAUCGGACGGUUAAGGCUCAGUCCCUGUGGUUCGCCAUCAUUGAGGCGCAGGUGGAGACUGGCAAUCCUUAUAUGCUGUUCAAGGAUGCAUGCAACAGGAAGAGCAAUCAGCAGAAUGUUGGCACCAUCAAGUGCAGUAAUCUUUGCACAGAAAUCGUUGAGUAUUCGUCGCCCGACGAAAUCGCCGUUUGCAACCUGGCAUCCAUCGCUCUCAACAUGUUCGUGACCCCUGAGAAGACGUACGACUUUAAGAAACUGAAGGAGGUCACUAAGACAGUGGCUAAGAAUCUGAAUAAGAUUAUUGACAUCAAUUAUUAUCCCCUGCCAGAGGCCCGGAAAUCAAAUUUGAGGCAUCGCCCCAUUGGCAUUGGCAUUCAGGGUUUUGCUGAUGCCUUGAUUCUGAUGAGAUUCCCUUACGAAAGCGAGGAGGCAGGUCUCCUAAACCAGCAGAUCUUUGAAACUAUCUAUUAUGGCGCACUGGAAGCAAGUUGUGAACUGGCCCAGGCCGAAGGUCCGUAUGAAACAUACGAGGGCAGUCCCGUAAGCAAGGGAAUUCUUCAGUACGAUAUGUGGGACAAGGUCCCAACGAACCUCUGGGACUGGGCCAAGCUGAAGGAGUCGAUCAAGAAACAUGGUGUCAGGAACUCUCUGCUGGUCGCCCCCAUGCCAACGGCAUCCACUGCCCAGAUAAUGGGCAAUAACGAAUCCUUCGAGCCGUACACCACAAAUAUCUAUACACGACGCGUUCUCUCCGGCGAAUUCCAGGUGGUUAACCACCACCUGUUGAGGGAUCUGACGGAGCUUGACUUGUGGGAUGAUGAUAUGAAGAACCAGAUAAUUUCCAGCCGUGGCUCAAUUCAGAAUAUCGAGGCCAUCCCCCAGCAUGUGCGCGAUCUGUACAAGACGGUGUGGGAGAUCUCCGUCAAGUCCACCAUUAAAAUGGCUGCGGAUCGUGGUGCAUUCAUCGAUCAGAGUCAAUCGUUCAACAUUCAUGUUGCCGAGCCCAACUAUGGCAAGCUGACGUCCAUACAUUUUUACUCGUGGAAGGCUGGCCUUAAAACCGGAAUGUACUAUCUCCGCACGAAGCCGGCUGCGAACGCCAUACAGUUCACCGUCAACAAGAAGCAGGGUGCGCUUAAAGUCAAUGGCCAGAAUGGCACCGCAGAGGAGGAGAAUUCCCAAGAGUACGAGUUGGAUAGAGAACGGAAAUUGGCGGAUAUGGUUUGUUCGCUCGAAAACAAGGAUGCUUGCAUGUCUUGCGGCUCUUAGGAAGCCUACCCUUAAUCGUAAGCCUAUUUAAGUGUAUUCAUCGUAUUAAAAACAUUGAAAUAAAUAUAAAUUAUGGAUCGGUA